AUGUUCCUCUUGCCCGCCGCCUUGUUGGUGGUUGGCCAUGCUACCGCUUUCACCCUCGUUUGUCAGGACCAGUCGCCUCUUGGACAGCGUCUUUCCAUCCCCACCGCACCUUCCUCUGUCAAACCCGCCAAUGGCAAGAGGGCAACUGUGGGUGGAACCACCCUGACGGCAACAUCGCCUCCUUCUACCACAGCUGCAACAACCACUCCUACUGCUCCUACCACUAACAAUCGAAACAACAAUAACAAUAACAACAAUAGAAAUGGCAAGACGGCCCCCCAAUCUCGACCCAACUUUGGUGGUGCUCCUGGAAGCAAUAACAAUCGUGCCGUGGCACCACCACCACCACCGAUGCCCCCCCGCCCAGAAGACGACGACAAGACGCUGAUUGAAUUGCAGCAUGCCACCAACAUUGUCCAACACUUUACCGACAGUCUGGCACAAAUGGCCGACGAUGCCACAUAUCUUCAAGAUCAAGUCAGUUACGUCAUUACACUGCACGAAGCCGAAAAGCAGCGCACACAGGAAUUGGAACUAGAAUUGGAUGCCAUUUGGAACGACAAGACGACAUUGGAGCAAGAGAUUCAAGACAUGGCCGCCGCGGAAGAUCAACUGCUAGCAGAUCGGGAACAACUCGAACGAGAAGUGGGAUUGUUGCAAGAACAGAAUCGAGAUAUCUUUGAACGUCAUCGCAUGGAAGAAGACCGUGCUGCAGAACUGGAACUCCAACUCAAUGCCACUCGCGUCGAACACACCAAGUUGGAAACGGAAAUCAACGAACUCUUGGAACAAGGAGACAAAAUGUGGUUUCAACAAGAAGAACUCCAACGGGAAGUCGACUACAUGCACGAACAGAAUGUCAAGAUCCACAAUCAACAAAAGGUGGAGGAACAACGAGCGCUCGAGUUGGAAGAAGAAAUCAGUCAGAUUUGGAAAGAACAAGAUCGAGAACGAGAUCAGUGGGAGUCAUUGGUGGAAUCGCAAGAACGGCAGAUUGAAGCACUGCGCAUUCAGUUAAAGACGACGUCAGCUGGACAGCCGCGCAUGCUCAAUCCAGGGCGGAACAUGCCAAUCCCUCCUUUGGAGAUGCCGCAUCGCAGCGGUCGCGGCGGCAGUAAGGUGGCGGCGGCGACCAUGGAGAAGACAGCACGCAAAGUCGGGACCAAGUCGCGUACUAGAUCUGCCGACUGGGGAAUUGAUCCAGAUAGUACUGUGGGAUACCGCGGAACUCCCUAG